CCAAAGCUUUUUCUCCAUUAUAUUAAUAUAUCUGCUCCCCAAUAAAUACAGCAGUACUCUCUCUCUCUCUCUCUCUUGUAAGACAAAAUUAAAUUUCAAAAAAAUCACAACCACCGCCACCACCGCAACCGCCGCCGCCAUGAGAACGGGCAACCACCUAAUAGGCGCCCUGAACUUCCUCACCUUCGUCCUGUCGAUCCCCAUCCUCGGCGGCGGAAUAUGGCUGAGCAGCCGCGCGAACAACACCGACUGCCUGAAGUUCCUCCAGUGGCCGCUCAUAAUAAUCGGCGUCUCCAUCAUGGUCGUCUCCCUCGCCGGAAUCGCCGGCGCCUGCUACCGGAACAACUUCCUCAUGUACCUCUACCUGUGGGCCAUGUUCAUCAUCAUCGCCACCCUCCUCGGCUUCGUCAUCUUCGCCUACGCCGUCACCGGCAAGGGUUCCGGCCAGCCCGUCAUGAACCGGGCCUACCUAGACUACUCGCUCCAGGACUACUCGGGUUGGCUCUCGGAUCGGGUCGCCAGUGAUAGUUACUGGAGCAAAAUCGGGUCCUGCAUUAGGGAUUCACGCGCGUGUAGAAAGAUGGGCAGAAAUAUUGGGGGCGUUCCUGAAUCUGCCGAGAUGUUUUACCUCAGAAAACUCAGCCCUAUUCAGUCUGGAUGUUGCAAACCGCCCACAUCAUGCGGAUACGUGUACAUAAACGAGACGGUGUGGACGCCAGGUGGCGGCCUCGUGGGGCCCGACAUAGAUUGCACAAAAUGGAGCAACGACCAGGAGCAAUUAUGCUACGGGUGCGAUUCUUGCAAAGCUGGAGUAGUGGCUAGCUUGAAGAAGAGCUGGAGAAAAGUGUCGGUUAUUAACAUAGUUGUUUUGAUAAUCCUCGUUAUACUCUAUGUGGUUGCUUGUGCUGCUUUUAGGCACAACAAAAGGAUCGACAACGACGAGCCUUAUGGAGAGACAAGAAUGGAGAAGUCGCAGCCUAGUAGGAUACAUUUCUAGAGAUGCGUUUGGAUUUUAAAGAUUUUUACGAGCAACGCGCGUGUGUGGAAUUAUUUUGCGGUUUAUUUGGCGUUUUCGGGAAGAAAAAAAAAAAAAGAAAAAAAGAAAAAAAUGCUGUCUGUAUAUUUGUAUUGAUGUGAUGACGUGUCUUGUAAUGGAAGUAUUUAAGAACUAUGCUGCACAUGGAAACUACGUAAGGGUGUUGUUUAUUCUG